CUGCAGCGCACACUUUGUGUCCGGUUGGCCGUCUGAUGACACUGAAGACGUGGACUACUGUCCGUCUGUGGACGUGAAGGGGAAGGAGAGCCGCCAGAAGAGGAGGCGGCAGCAGCGAGUCCAACGCCGUCAAACUAUGUUACAAACAGCUGUUCAAGCUCACAACGGGAGCGAGGAGGGCUUCAUGCCAGGGUCUCUGCGCAUGCGUGAUGUCUCUGCAGCCCCCCGGAAAUGUGAGGAUCCCAGCCCACUUGCACGCCAGGGAAAAGAAAUCAAGACUGAUCACCAUGAUGGUCCCCAUAUUUACCCUGAAGCUGAACCACAAGAUUAACCCUCGCAUGGUGACUGUUGGGAAAUUUGAUGGAGUGCACCCCUGCCUUACUGCUGCCACUCAGGCUGGGAAGGUUUUCAUCCACAACCCCCACAGUCGUGGUCAGAGACCUGCAGCUCAUCGACUGAGUCAGAGCGCCCAGGACUCGGACAUCUCUCUGCUGAACAUCAACCAGGCGGUAACCUGUCUGACUGCCGGGAGACUGGGACCAAACACCACUGGGGACACUCUGCUGGUGGGAUCUCAGACCAACCUGUUAGCCUACGAUGUACAUGACAACGCAGACAUAUUUUACAGAGAGGUGACGGAUGGAGCCAAUGCCAUAGUGUUGGGGAAACUUGGGGACAUCGCUUCUCCUCUUGCCAUCAUUGGCGGGAAUUGUGCCUUGCAAGGCUUUGACUAUGAGGGAAACGACCACUUUUGGACAGUAACUGGGGACAACGUCAGGUCUCUGGAGCUCUGUGACUUCACCGGGGAUGGGAAAAAUGAGCUGCUGGUGGGAUCUGAGGACUUUGACAUCAGGGUGUUCAGGGAGGAUGAACUCGUGUCGGAGAUGACUGAAAAUGAGACGGUGACAUCACUGUGUCACAUGCACGGCAGCAGGUUCGGCUACGCGCUAGCUAACGGUACUGUGGGAGUGUACGACCGCACCGCUCGCUACUGGAGGAUCAAGUCUAAGAACCACGCGAUGAGCAUCCAUGCCUUUGACCUGAACGCUGAUGGCGUUGUGGAGCUCAUCACUGGCUGGUCCAACGGAAAGAUUGAUGCUAGAAGCGACCGAACAGGGGAGGUGAUCUUCAAAGACAACUUCUCCUCGUCCGUGGCUGGGGUGGUGGAGGGAGACUACCGGCUGGAUGGGCAGAAACAGUUGAUCUGCACCUCUGUGGAAGGAGAAGUUCGUGGUUACCUGCCAGCCAGUAAGGACCUGAAAGGGAACCUGAUGGACUCCAGCGCUGAACAGGACCUGGUCCGGGAGCUCAGCCAGCGCAGACAGAAUCUGCUUCUUGAGCUGCGCAACUAUGAAGAAAAUGCAAAGGGCGUGUCACAGACGAACAGCGGGAUGGGGGUCAUACCAGCCAACACUCAGCUGCAGACAGCGCUGUCAGUCAGACCUUCUACGGAGGCCCAGAAGGCUCAUGUAGAGCUCAGCAUUUCAACUCCAAAUGAAACCAUCAUCCGUGCGGUUCUUAUUUUUGCGGAGGGAAUAUUUGAGGGUGAGAGCCACGUCGUCCACCCCAGUGCCCAGAACCUGUCAGGCUGUGUCAGGGUCCCCAUCGUCCCCCCCAAAGACAUACCUGUGGAUCUGCACAUCAAAGCCUUCGUUGGAGGGAAGACGAGCACCCAGUUCCACGUGUUUGAGAUCACCCGGCAGCUGCCUCGUUUCUCCAUGUAUGAGAUCACAGACGACUCCACGGCUGCUCCGAACACAGGGAGAGUUUCCUUCAACAUUAAUGACCGACCGGAGCGGGUUGUAAUGUGGCUGAACCAGAACUUCCUGCUUCCAGAAGGCGUGGAGAGUCCUAACGUCACCUUUAAUUGUCUCAGAGGAGACAGACCUUUGUCCUUUAAUAUGACCAGCAGUGGACAGAUCACCCUGAGAACCGACGACAUUGACCUGGCUGGAGAUCUGGUCCAGUCUCUGACCUCCUUCCUGGCCAUAGAAGACCUGUCAGCCGAAGCAGACUUCCCCUCGUACUUUGAGGAGCUCCGUACGACCCUGACCGAGGUGGACGAGUUCCACUCAGUCCAUCAGAAGUUAACUGCAGCCAUGGCCGACCACUCCAACUACAUCAGGAACAUGCUGGUGCAGGCCGAGGACGCUCGUCUGAUGGGCGACAUGACCACCAUGAAGAAGCGUUACAGGGAGCUCUACGAUCUAAACAGAGACCUCGUCAACGAGUACAAGAUCCGGUCCAACAACCACAACGCUCUUCUGGCCCGUCUCAAGUCCGUCAACCAGGCCAUCCAGCGGGCCGGUAGACUCAGAGUGGGGAAACCAAAGAACCAGGUGAUCUCUGCUUGUCGAGACGCCAUUAAGAGCAACAACGUCAACGCGCUGUUCAGGAUCAUGCGGGCGGGAACGUCGUCCUCCUGAGGACGGAGGGACUGGAACCCAGUGACCUCCAUGAGGACUAUAAACGUCGUUUCAGCAGGGUUACGGAAAUUUGCAAAAGGUUCUGGGACUCUGGACACCGAGGACACUGUUGCAGCCUUAAUCCAGGUUUUCCAUGACUCAGCAGCAACUUGGCAGGAACAUUUGGCUCCACCUCUUUGAAAACCUGAAGUUCCACUAGUUCUGAGAAGUGAGAUGACGAGCACCGAUGUAAAGCUGCUAUAAAUUUACCAUCCGUCUCAGGAUCUCUCUACUGUCGGGAAGCCGCUUUAGUUUGGAGUCAAGCUGAAAGUUUUAGAGCUGCAGAGGUGUUCCAGGUGAUGUCUACAGAGUCUGCCUGAACCUUUCCCACAGACCUGAACCGGCGGAGGACGUGACCCUGUGCUGGACCUGUUCCCAGACUCCAAGCUGUGGGACAGCUCUGCUUUGUUGCUGUUUGUAGCCAAAGAAAAUGAUGCUUCGUUUGUUUACCAUUUGUAGCUCGUUGUCAGAGAGAAAAUGUGACUCUGUGUUUGUGGCAGCACGACUAUUAAACGAAUGUGAAAUGUU